UUAGGGUUCUCGGGUUUUGCGGGAGGUGCUACUGCGGAAUCUCUGGUGGGUUCGCGGGAGCUGGCGAUUCUCGUCCCCAAAGCCCACCUCUGUUCACCCUGGACUAACAGCUGCUUCCCCGUCUCGCUGAGCUUCUGACGGGAGGAGAAGAAAGAGAGGGGAGUUGCGGGGGGAAGGGAAGACCAGAAAGUCAAAUCUGGGAAAAGGGGGGCGGAGCACGUGGUACAAAUUCCCGCGUGGGACGAGCGGGGGUGAACACGUGGAAGGGGAGCCCAGGUUGGGAGUGGUGAAGCAGAAAUGAAGAAGAGAGGCUCAUACAGCAAGGACAGAUAUGGAAGAAGUGGUCAUUGGCAGAGCAAUGCCUGUCGCUGGAACAGAAGGCGUAGUUCUAAUGAAAGAUACAGAGCAGAGAUAUCUCACAGUCCUCAAAGUUCUGACAGCAAUACUAGAACCUUUUCAUCAGCUUCUAGCUCAAAUGAGAGCUCUUCAGUGCCAGAACUCCCAGGAUUUUACUUUGAUCCUGAAAAGAACCGUUACUUCCGAUUGCUUCCUGGGCAUAACAACUGCAACCCCCUCACCAGGGAGAUUAUUCAGCACAAGGAGAUGGAGAGCAAAAGAUUGAAGCUUUUAGAGGAAGAGGAUAUGCUAAAAAAGAAAACUACUCGAAUUGGAUUGAAUCCAUUACCCUUGUUAUACAAGAGGCAGUUGGGUUUGCUCUACUCUACCAAUUAUUGCCGACUAGUCCAUGAGUUACGUGUAAACUGCAUGCAGAGAAAGAAGGUGAAAAUUCAGAGCCCUGAUUCCUCUGUUGUUGGAACAGAUCACUUUAAACUGAUAGUGGCUGACACUGCCCGGGAAAGGGUAUUCACAGUUAAUGAUGUGGAACAUGGAGGCUGCAAAUAUGGCAUCAUCAACCUUAGUGGUUUAGGAACCCAGGCUCUCACUGUGGAGAUGUAUGACAACCUCUACUUUACCAAUCGCAAGGUAAAUUCUGUAUGCUGGGCCUCUCUGACUCAUCCAGAUUCUCAUGUUUUACUCUGUCUCAUGGGCAUUGCAGAGACUCCAGGCUGUGCCAGUUUGCUUCCUGCCUCCUUAUUCAGCAACACCAGGCCAGUAGGAGACCAGCCUGGCAUGCUAUGCAGCUUUAAGAUCUCCACUGCCUGGUCUUGCGCAUGGUGCCUGAACUCCCAGGCUAAUAAUUGCUUCAGUACAGGCUUGUCCAGGAAAGUUCUUGUAACCAAUGCAGUGACUGGCCAUCGGCAGACAUUUGGAACUAACAGUGAUGUAUUGGCACAACAAUUUGCCACCCAGGCCCCUGUGCUGUUCAAUGGCUGCCGCUCUGGAGAGGUCUUUGCUAUUGAUUUGCGUCACCGAAGUCGUAAAGGCCAGGGCUGGAAAGCUACUCGCUUCUUCCAUGACUCGGCUGUGACUUCUGUUAAAGUCCUACAAGAUGAGCAGCACCUGAUGGUAUCAGAUAUGACUGGGAAGAUCAAGCUAUGGGACCUGAGAGCAAAUAAAUGUGUGAAGCAAUAUGAGGGUCACAAUAAUGACUAUGCCUACCUGCCCCUGCAUAUACAUGAAGAAGAAGGACUUCUAAUAGCAGUGGGUCAGGACUGCUAUACAAGGAUAUGGAGCCUUAGUGAUACCCAUCUGCUCAGAACCAUCCCUUCCCCAUACCCAUCCUCCAAUCAAGACAUCCCCAGUGUGGUUUUCUCUUCCCAUCUUGGGGGCCCCCGUGGAGUGCCAGGCUUGCUCUUGGCUGUUCGACAGGAUCUCUACUGUUUUUCCUACAACUGAAUUUGCUCUAGACUAAAUAAAAAAGCACAGUAGAUGCUAUGCUAAUGAAAUAGAGCUCUGACCAAGUAGAUUAAACACAAACUCAUUUUAGUAGAUGAUCUGAUAGUAUUACUAAUAUUCCAUCCCUGCUAGGAUGUUUUCACUGGGUGCUUAUUUUUUCUUAGCUUCUUGGGUCCAGGUUAUAAGUGUAUUAUGUGGGAAAGCUACAGAUGUAUUAUUUAAUUCCUCUGUGGGCUCAAGGAGUGUGCAAAUCCUUUUCAUAAAAGGUGCCCAUUUCCCUUCCCUUGGAAGAUCUCAUUCUGUUUUAAAAAGACUUUCCAAGCACUGAGAGAUUGGUAAGAGUUGGAUUUUUCCUUCUCCUGGACCAGAAAAUUUUCUUUGAACCGAAUGAAUGUUAGAAGUUAAUCUGUGCCACCAUCCCAAGGAUAUGUAUACUUGCCUUCUAAAGACAACCACUACAAUAUUUCUACAGAAGGUUUAAGUAAACAAGACUUGAAGAGAGCCAAAAAUAGUCCUCUUAUAGUCUCUAAAGAAUAGGAUAUAGCAUCUUGGGAUAGGUAAUAGUUUAACCUUCUUGAUUUUUCAGCAUAUAAGUCUGGAAUAUUCCACUAUCCUUUCAUGAGCAUUGGAAAGAAAAAAAAGUUUAAUUGUGACUGGCUUUAAAGUUUUCUUCCUUUGUUAACUGCGCAAUAAGUAUAACAACAUGUAGCUAUUUACAGUGGUUAAAAUAGACGGAAGUAUUUUUAAGUCAGCAAGUUUUGUAAAUGUUUUGCUAGAUGAAUCUACUGAAAAAUAAAAAUAUCUUUGCCAUUA